UAGUGACACAAUACAAUUUGACAUAUGGCACAUUUGAUAGGUUUCUCCAUGGGCCCUGACGGACGCUAAAAUUUUGACAACUGUUUUUCUUUGCGGUGCUUGUGUGCAUAAGCCGGAAUUGAAAAUUGUAAAUUAUUCUGGGAAAUAGUGAUUUUCUCAAGCAAAUCUCGGCAUUUUCACCAAGUUGGUGAGCUGCGCAAGUGGAAUUGUGUGCAGAAAGUGUGGCAUUUGGGCAGUCUGACCGCGUGAGAGGGCUCCAAAAGUAUGGCUUCUUUGCCGAAAAAAGUAAAAACGGAGGAUGGAAAUAGGCAGGAGAUGAAUGAGGAGGAAUCUGAGGCUCUGGAACACAUAGAUGCGUGUCAAAAUGAGAUUGAUGCACUCAAUGAAAAGGCCAGUGAGGAGAUACUCAAAGUUGAACAGAAAUACAACAAGCUGCGGAAGCCUCUCUUUGAGAAGAGGAAUCAAAUUAUCAAGCGCAUUCCAAGCUUCUGGGUUACAGCCAUUGUAAACCAUCCGCAAAUCUCAUCGAUUCUGGAGGAAGAGGAAGAAGAGUGUCUCCACUAUUUGGAGAAAUUGGUUGUGGAGGAGUUUGACGAUAUCAAAUCUGGCUAUCGUCUCAAGUUUUUCUUCGAGAAGAACCCCUUCUUUGAGAAUGAGCUCAUCACCAAGGAAUUCUCCCUUGGAUCGAGCGACGGACCUACCUCCACAAGCACCACAAUUACUUGGCGUGAAGGAAGGGAUCUGCUCAAGGCUCUGCAGUUCAAGCCAGCAGCCAACCGGAGAAAGAGAAACCUGGAAUUUAAAUCUUUCUUCGAUUGGUUCACUGAUAAUUCUGAUCCCAUCAAUGAUGAAAUUGCUGAACUGAUCAAGGAUGAUUUGUGGCCAAAUCCCCUGCAGUACUACCUUGUACCGGAUAUUGAGGUAGAGCCAGAGGAGAAUGAUGAGAACAGCGAAGAAUAUGGUGAGGAGGAGAACUUUGAUGAAGACGAAGAAGGGGCAGAGCAAAAGUAGACACAUUUGGAGACAGUAUUCCAACAUUUUGUGUGUGUGUUUUUAGCAGCCAGAGCAGAACAAUUGGAUUUUAAUCGUAAGAGGAUAUCUUUGCAUAUUCUAUCCAUUUCACUGUUGUAACAGAGAAGCUUCUCCUUUUUGUGCUCCAAGGAUGCACAAUUAAAAUUUUAAGAAAAAGAGGAAGCCCAAUUCGUUUAUAGAUCCGCAUUUUCUUGGUGAUCUAUUCACAAAAUUAUAGACAACAUGAUCAAAUCAACAAAAUAAAAGAUAAUCCAUUGUGUCCAAGAAA